CCCGUUGAAUAUGUUUCGAUUGGAUAGGCCGCGUCCCUCUAUGUGCUAUACUUCAUCGCAGAGACAUCGCCGAAGCGAGGAAUGAAUUAAAGCAUCUCGGGAUCACUGAUAUGUACGAAGUAAAAAGAACUGCUGACUGUGAAUCAGAUGAGGAACAGUUCCAGUGGCUUGACCUUCUACAUGGAUGCCUUCACGAAGGUGACAGAGCAAGGUAUGAGAAACAGAUGAGCUCAUUGGUCGCAGAAAUGACGAAUAAACUUGAGUCUAAGCAACAGCAUGUAGACACUUUGAUGGCAACCGUAAGGGAGAAAGAGCGAAAUGAGUCGACUCUAACACAACAAGUUGAGAAGCUAAAGAAAGUAGGAGAAGAAAACAGAGCAAGAGCUGAAAAGGAGAAGCGCUCAUUGGCAGCAGAUGUGACGAAGAAACUUGAGUCUAAGCAACAACGCGUAGACACUUUGACAGAAAUCGUAGGAGAAAAAGAGCGAAAUGAGACGACUCUAACACAACAAGUUGAGGAGCUAAAGAGAGGAAGAGAGGAAGACAAAGCAAGAUCUGAGAAAGAGAAGCGCUCAUUGGCAGCAGAUAUGACGAAGAAACUUGAGUCUAAGCAACAGCAAGUUGACACUUUGACAGAAAUCGUAGGUGAGAAAGAGCGUAAUGAGACGACUCUAACACAACAAGUUGAGGAGCUAAAGAGAGGAAGAGAGGAAGACAGAGUAAAAGCUGAAAAAGACAGAGGAAGAUCUGAGGAAGCAAAGCGCUCAUUGGAAGAAGAAAUGAGGAAGAAACUCGAUUCUAAGCAACAGCAUGUAAACACUUUGACAGAAACCGUAGAGAACAAAGAGCGAAAUGAGACGACGCUGACACAACAAGUUAAAGAGUUAGAGAAAGGAAGAAAGCAAGACAGAGCAAGAUCUGAGAAAGAGAAGCGCUCAUUGGCAGCAGAUAUGACGAAGAAACUCGACUCUCAGCAACAACGCGUAGACACUUUGAUAGAAACCGUAAGGGAGAAAGAACGAAAUGAGACGACUCUAAGACAGCAUGUUGAAGAGCUAAAGAAGGAGCAUGACUAUAAGGAACAGCUUUUGGAGCAACUUGAGCGUGAGACCUGGAAGCUGAGAACUAAAAUUCAACUAGAAAGUGAGAUACGAUCAGCAGAGCAGAAGAAGAAAGCAGAGACACAUCAAUGGAGUUUCAUUCCUUGGGUGAAUUCUGGAAAACAAGCUCAGGGUGGCACAUCAUCUUUUGUGGAUAAUUCAACCGGAGGACUGGGAAGGAGUCAUAUAUUACAAUCAGGGUGAGAUGAAAUAUAUUUACUCUUAACAUGACAAUGGACGCAUUAUUUAUCUUAUUGUGACAACACUGUUAUGGAAUGUACUUUUGUGUGUUAAAUGAGUGGUGCUAAAAUGUCAAUAACAAUUAUACAAGUACGGCAGCGCUUAU